AUGCUGCAGAGGGCAGGGAAGGCCCGGCCUUACACCAAACCCCUGGAUGGAGGCUGGGGAUGGAUGAUUACAUUUCAUUUCUUCCUGGUGAAUGUGUUUGUGAUGGGGAUGAUCAAGACGUUUGCAAUUUUCUUUGUGGUUUUCCAAGAAGAAUUUGAAAGCAGCUCCGAACAAACUGGCUGGAUUGGAUUCAUCAUGUCAUCAAUUAGUUAUUCUGGAGGUCUCCUGGGUGCCAUUAUUUGUGACAUAACCGGAGAGAAGACUGUCUCCCUUCUUGGGGCUCUCCUUAUUACUGGUGGAUAUCUGAUCAGCAGCUGGGCUACCAGCAUUCGCUUUCUUUGUGUGACUAUGGGACUUUUACCUGGUUUGGGUGCGGCUUUCUUGUACCAAACAGCUGCUGUGGCAACUACCAAAUACUUCAAAAAACGACUGGCUUUUUCUACAGCUAUUGCCCGUUCUGGGACGGGACUAACAUUUCUGUUUGCGCCUUUUGUAAAAGUCCUGAUAGAUCUGUAUGACUGGACAGGUGCCCUUAUACUCCUUGGAGCACUCAUGAUGAAUCUGGUGCCUUCCAGUAUGCUCUUAAGACCCAUCCACAUUGCAAGCGAGGACAAUUGUGAUGUUAAAAACAGAGGUAGCUGCUUGUCUACAAGUCACCCAGGGGCAGUGUGUGUGACAGAAAUGCCAUCCUGCAACGAGACACAAGAGGCCACCAUCAUCAGUGACAGCGCUCUGCAGAAGGCCGGACAACCUGGUACAAAUUUAAUAGUCUCGCAAAAUAAAAACACAGAGCUCAACGAUGAGCCUGAUGGAAACAGUGCAUUCCUAAUAACUAAUGAAGAACGCUAUGAGAAAGAGGCCAUUUCAUGGAGCCGUAAGCAAAAACUCUUUGACAUUUCCCCUCUAAAAAACCCCUUCUUCUACAUAUUUACCUGGUCUUUUCUCCUCAGUCAGUUGGCAUAUUUCAUCCCUACUUUUCACCUGGUAGCCAGAGCCAGAACACUGGGGAUUGACCUCAUGGAUGCCACCUUCCUCGUUUCAGUAGCUGGCAUCACUGAGGCUGUCAGUCUGAUAAUCACUGGAUGGGUUGCUGAUCAGGCCUGGAUCAAGAAGUAUCAUUACUACAAGUCUUACCUCAUCCUCUGCGGCAUCACUAACCUGCUUGCUCCUCUGGCCACCACGUUUCCACUACUUAUGACCUACACAGUCUUCUUUGCCGUCUUUGCUGGUGGUUACCUGGCAAUGAUAUUUCCUGUACUGGUUGAUUUGUCUGGAACUUCUAGAGUAUACAGUUUCUUGGGACUUGUUGCUUUCUUUGCUGGGAUGGUUAUCCUUUCUGGACCACCUAUAGCAGGCUUUUUAUAUGAUUACACACAGACCUACACCGGCUCCUUCUACUUCUCUGGCAUAUGCUAUCUCCUCUCUUCGGUCUCCUUUUUCUUUGUACCAUUGGCUGAGAGGUGGACAAACAGAUCCUGA